AUGAUAUCCCGCUUUGCAAAAUCUUUCAUUGCUAUUGUUGUCGCGCUCCUCCUCCUCUCGACCAUCUCGUUCAUCCAUCCAAGCUCUAGAAACUAUAGCUACUUCGAUCCUACGUCUGGGGAAUUUCUUGCCAACGGGAAUGCCGCCGCAGAAAGGAAUCACAAGCAAGACCAGCUACAGCACGAUGCACACCCACCUAUUUCCGGUGUUCAAGGCGGUGUUAUCAUGGAAAAGCUGGGGAACGCGACAGCGAAAGCCGCACUAGGACGAGCAACGUGGAAAUUGUUACAUACCAUGACUCUACGAUACCCCGAGAAACCUACGCAAGACGAAAGAGAUGCUUUGAACUCAUAUUUCCAUUUAUUAUCUCGACUGUACCCUUGUGGUGAAUGUGCCCACGAAUUCCAACAGCUGUUGAAGCAAUAUCCACCACAGACAUCAUCUCGUCGCGCAGCGUCAUUAUGGCUGUGUAGUGUUCAUAAUCGCGUAAACGAACGACUUCACAAGGAGGAGUUCGAUUGCGCCCAUCUAGACGAAGAGUAUGAUUGUGGUUGCGGUGACGAGCCAAUUGGGGCUUCUGCUGUUCCUGCUUUAGAUUUGGAUAUGAUGCGAGGCGGCCGUUAG